AUGCUAAAAUUUGCAGCCUAAAAGGAGGAUUAACUUCUUGAUAAGCCAUAUCAAGAAGCUCCAAGGAAGUUAAAGCUUACCAAAGGGUUCAUUGGACUCAUUGCUACAUUAUCUGUGAUUGCUCUUGUUUCCUACAAUUAAACUACAGAUUCACAGCAAAACUUUAUGAGUUUAGAGAAUACUACUGUGGCAUUGCAUGACGAUUCUCAAGAUAUUUCAUUAGACACCAUUAUCAACAAGAUUUUAAAGCAAAACAACACGGAUGUAAUUCAAGUAGUAUAUGAUACCUUGCUUGAUCCAUAAAAUCUAUUUACAGAAGUUUUUUGGAAUAAUUCUUAGAUCAGAUUGUAAAAAGCGAUACAAGUCUAGCCAAAUUCUGAUAUCUUAACUUAUCUUUAAGAAGAUAAAACAAUUCUGGGAGAAAAAAUUGAUGCCUAUUUAAAAGCAAAGACACUUGCUACUCUUGUGAAAGCUUUGGAUUUUUGUAAUUUGAUAAUGAGAUUUGACGUUUCUCGAUCUCACGAUACUUCUGGAGCACAUUUCUCUAUUUUUGGAACCAUCUAUUUAGUGCUUUUAAGAGAGAGAGCAUAUAACCACAAAGAUAUUCAAAUCGAUGAUUUACAAAGUGCUAUUGAUACCUACUCUUAAAAAGCCAUGGAAAUUUUCAGAGCUUUAUCUGAUGAGACUGGCAAAAAAAUCAGUCUUCAAGUUGUUAAAGAGAGAGGUAAUCCUACCUACACCUUUGUUAAUGGAAAUAAAAGGACUCGCAUUGGCAGUGAAUCAGAGGAUCUCAUGACAUAGUCAAGAGCUAAUGUUCAAUAUGACAAUUUAGUCAAAGAAGCUACCCAAGAACUUAAUACAGAGCUUGAUGCUUUGAUUCUUCCCUCGACUAAAUGGCAAUUCUUCAAUUACGAAAAGUACUCAUUCCCUUAUGAUCCUACUACUCCUAAGUAGGCUGCGUUAUCUUACUCAACAAAUUUCGGCAAUUCUUCUGGUCUAAACUCUUUCAAUGAUGAAGCUCUCUAUCUACAAUAUGGAGAUAUUACUUCAAUCAAAGUUUAUGCUAGUACGAUAGUUGAAGGUCUUUAAUUCACCUAUGGAUCUGUAACUGGACCGCUUCAUGGAGGUUCUGGAGGAACUUCUAACGAAAUCACUUUAGCACAAGGUGAAUAAAUUGUUAGAGUAUAAAUCAGAGGCGCAGCUGCUAUUAAUGGAAUCGCCUUCGUCACAAACACCGGCAAUCGCUAUUAGUAUGGACCAGAUGGAAGUUACUUCGAACCUUCUGUACCUAAUGGUGGCUAUCUAGCAGGUAUAAAAGGAAUAGAGGGAAAUAAUUCUAUUGAUCAAAUCAGUGUUAUAUGGGUUACUUACACAUGA